UUCACACCAUUGCAAUGUGAUCAGUGCAUUUGGCUUAUUUAUUCAAAAUACCGCUAACAAGAUAAGCUUAAGUAUGUUACAUAGCGUGAAAGCGGUAACUCAUCGUCUGGCCCGUCAGUACACAGCAAAAGCGAAUCGAAGCAUCUUGUCACAGGACAUAAAAAAAAUUAAAAAUUAUGAGCCAAAGAUCUCGGGCACGCACGCCAAUCGGGUCUAUGUGUGGGGCUUCCAGGAGACUGGUGCCCUCGGUCUACAGACGAACGUGAAGAAGGCUCAGGAGCGCUACACAGAAAUGGUUCAUCAUCCGACACGGCUGCAGUUCUCCAACAACAAUGAAAUAACGGAUGUAACAGCCGGCUACGGAUUUACGGCGUACGCCGUAAAGCGUUCCGAUGGCGAGACUCUGUUUGGUAGCGGACUCAACACAGACUCACAACUGGGCUUUCAGGUCAAGGGCAAUAGCAAGGAUCCCGCCAAUCUGGAUGUCAUCAUUUAUCCCACAGCCAUAAAACUGCCCAGGGAGCAGGGCGAAACGGAUGAGGAUAUGCAGGUGCGCAGCAUGUCCUCGGGUCGAGCCCAUCUCGUUGUGGUCACACAAAAUGGCACCGUCUUCACCAUGGGCAACAAUUCGUAUGGCCAAUGUGGACGCUCCAUCAUCGAGGAUGAGCGCUAUACUGCAAGUGCCCUAAUAAAUCGAAUACCCCAGGCGGACAUCUGCGGGGCAGAGGAUGAAAUUGUUGCCGUUGAGUGCGGCCAGGAUCAUAGCUUGUUUCUCACCAAGUUGGGGCGAGUCUACAGCUGCGGCUGGGGCGCCGAUGGGCAGACAGGACAGGGAAACUAUCACACAGCUGGACAGAUCACGCUGAUUGCCGGCGACAUUGAAAAGGAGCGCAUUGUGCGCGUCGCUUGCUCCUCGGACUGUGUGCUGGCGUUGAACGAGCAGGGCGACAUCUUUGGUUGGGGCAACUCGGAGUAUGGUCAGCUGGAUGAUUCGGUUGAUGCCGAGACACAGAUCUGCACACCAAGAGCUCUCACGCUCACCAAGGGCAUUGGCAAAGUGAAGGAUGUGGCUGCCGGUGGCUCCUUUUGUAUGGCACUCAAUGAUCAGGGUCUUGUCUACACCUGGGGCUAUGGCAUCUUGGGUUUUGGGCCAACCGUGGAGCAGUCGUCGAAGCCACAGCAUCUCCUCCCACCAUUGUUUGGACGCAAUGAUUUCAGUAAUGCAACAACUGUGAUUUCCAUUGGAUGCGGUGUCUUUCACAUGGGCGCUGUGAACUCCGAUGGUGAUUUGUUUAUGUGGGGCAAGAAUCGCUUUGGCCACCUCGGUUUGGGCCACAAGAAAGAUCAGUUCUUUCCCUUCAAGGCGGCCAUCAAUGGCAAGGUGACAAAGGUGGCCUAUGGAGUGGAUCACACGAUAGCCUUGUGCAGACCACAUAUAUAGAACCAAAUGUAAAAUGUACAAUAAUCGCUCGAAAAUUAAAACGCUCCCAGAGCUGAUUCUAAUUUAAA